GUCUUCCCAAAACCUCCAGGUUCUUUGAUGGGAGGUUGAAUUUAUCGAAGGGAUUCGUUCCGAGUGUUGAUUUUGCAAGGAAAAGAAUGGAAGAUUCCAACGGAAGAUCAACAGAAAUGGUUGUUGAAGUCGAAGAGGAUAGUCAAGACGACGGCUUGUUUGUGGAGCUGAGACUGUAUUGCGUCCAGUUGCUGGAACUGCUUCAGAAUCCGAAGAAGAAUCACGCCUUCCUUCCUCGACUUCUCGAGCUUCUCCGGAGGUCUUCGCGCCGGUCUCUCCAGCCGUUGUUGGAUUUUACUCUGUCCCCAUUGCUGCUUCUAUUUGAAGCAGCAGUAAACUGUAGAUCCUCAAGGAAGUUUGACACCAAAGAUGUAUCUCUAGAUUUACAUGACUCGGUGGCAACACAUAAAGUGAGCGACUCUGUGGCAGAAGCCGUGGUUCUUUGCUUGGAGGAAAUCCUGAAGAAGUGUCAGUUAGGAUCUAUUAAUCAGAUGGUCGUGAUACUGAAGAAAUUGGCGAAUGGAGCAAUGCUUUCUCCAUCAGAAGCUUCAGAAGAGUUCCGUGAAGGAGUUAUAAGGUGUUUUCGGGCACUGCUUCUAAAUUUGUGUUCUUGUUCUGAUGAUUCCUGCCUAUGCAAGCAAGCAUGUGAUUGGCCAAUUCUUCCCUCUGAAAAGAGGUCGGGCUUACUUGUUUCAAGUAGAUCAAAAUGUAAUUCAGUGUCAGAAGAAUGUCUAUUAGCGUUUCUUCAGUCUGAACUUGCUUCUCCUGCAAUUGGACAUUGGCUCUCUCUCUUGUUGAAGGCUGCAGAUAUUGAGGCCAUGCGAGGUCAUAGGGGUAGCUCAAGGAUUCGCAUUGGAGCCCUGACAACACUUAGAGUGCUUGUUGCAAAGGUCGGUACUGCAGAUGCGCUGGCAUUUUAUUUACCAGGUGUUGUUAGCCAAAUUGGGAAAGUAUUGAAUGCAUCAAGAUCAAUGCUCAGUGGUGCAGCUGGAAGCCCUGAAGCCUUAGAUCAGGCAAUUAGAGCAAUGGCUGAAUAUCUUGUUAUAGUUCUUGGCGAUGAAGUCUACACAUCCAAUCUUGGCUUCUUCCAGGAUGAUAUUUCUGUUUACCACUCAAACAAAGAAAAACCUCUGAUGUCAUUGGUUGAGAAACUGCGUCAGCUACCUGUUAAAAAUUCAGUGCAUAAUAACAUUGAAGAUUCAAUUGAGUCUGGGGAGCAAAAUGCUAUAGUGUCUGGAAAGGAUUCCAUCCUGACCGAAGCUAAUACUAAAGAUGGAUCGCUGCGUGUAAAACGUACAGCUGAGUGGUUAGCAACUACUGCUGCUCAUAUUAACAAGCUAUUAUCAGCAACAUUUCCUCAUAUUUGUGCUCAUUCAAGCAGAAAAGUGAAGCUGGGACUUUUGGCUUCCGUGGAGGCCCUUUUGUGUAAAUGCAGUUGCACUCUCAAACACAGCAGAUUGAUGUUUUUGGAGUGUCUUUGUGCUCUGGUCUGUGAUGAUUUUGAAGAUGUCUCUUCCAAUGCCCAGACAUUUUUUGCAUCCCUAGUUUCAUCUGAAGGGAAGCCUGAACUACAGAGCAAUAUUGCUGAGCUUUUUAACAGGCUAGUUGAAAAGCUUCCUCAAGUCAUACUCAUUAAUGAGGAGUUAGUUGCGCUAUUGCAUGUCCGGAAGUUGCUUGCUGUUACAUAUUUUGGUGGUCCCCAACUUGUUGCAGAUUAUGUUCUUCAAUCUCCUGUGACAUCUGCUCGAUUCUUGGACAUGUUUGCCCUCUGUUUCAAUCAGAACUCUGCUUUUGCUGGUUCACUUAACAAGCUUUCUGCUAGAACUUCAUCUUCUGGGUUUAUGCAUUCUAUAUUAGAGAUCAAAUCUAUUGUCAGUGCCAGUGAUCACAAUUCUGAGUCUUUAGGUUUUCAAAAGAGGAAAGUCUCGUAUCCAUAUGAGCAUGUAAGAAAUGAUUAUGAGCCGCCCAGCAUGCCUCCUUGGCUUGUUAAUGCAAGCAGUCAGAAACUAUACCAGGCUCUUUCCGGAGUUCUCAGACUUGUUAGUCUUUUUACAUUUGCAGAUUCUCGAAGUGAGGGAUCUUAUUCUGUUUUAACUGAUAUUCUACUGGGACACUUGCGGAACUUGAUAUAUGAGUUGCGAACAAAAGAAUACAGUAAGGAAAGCUGGCAUUCGUGGUUCAAUAGAAUCAGUUCAGGGAAAUUGGUGCGUCAGGCUAGCACGGCUGCUUGUAUUCUGAAUGAAAUGAUGUUUGCGCUGUCCGAUGAGGGGAGUUCUUAUAUUGUUAGAAUGUUUCGAUCUGGUCCGGAAGAAUCAGAAAUUUCUUUAGCCGCACAUUGGGUCCAAAAGAAGAAUCAGAAUAAUAGUGUGAGAAAUCAAUUGAUUGAUUGUGUUGGAACUAUCUUACACGAGUAUUUAUCACCAGAAAUCUGGGAUCUUCCUCUUGGAUUAUCUUCUCGUGACCAAGCCAAUGAAGAUGGAGACAUAAACUUGCAUCUUUUAAACGACAAUGCUAUGCUCCAUCAGGUUAUUAUUGAAGGCAUUGGUGUACUUAACAUCUGUCUAGGAAAAGAUUUUUCAACUUGUGGGUUCCUUCACCAAUCACUUUAUAUGUUGCUUGAAAAUGUUAUUUGCUCAAAUUUCCAAGUCAGCAGAGCAGCUGAUGCUGUCCUACGUGCUAUCUCCGUUGCUCAAGAUUGUCAAACUGUGGGUCACUUGGUACUAGAAAAUGCAGACUAUGUGAUCGAUUCAGUGUGUAGGCAACUUCGUCACUUAGAUCUUAGCCCGCACGUGCCAAAUGUUCUUUCUGCCAUGCUUUCCUACGUUGGCGUGGCUGAUAAAAUAUUACCAUUAUUGGAAGAGCCGAUGCGAGCAGUCUCUAUGGAGCUUGAAAUUCUUGGCAGGCAUCAACACCCUAAUUUGACCCUCUCCUUUUUGAAGGCAGUUGCUGAAAUAGCUAAAGCCUCCAAGCACGAGGCUUAUAAAUUAUCUACAAGAGCAAAGACGUACGAGGACGAGGUCAACUCAAAGAUUUCAAUUCAAACAAGUGGAGUUUCUACGAUGAAAGAGGAGGAAUGGGAGCUGAUUUUGUUCAAGUUCAACGACUCCAAAAGAUACAGGCGAAUAGUUGGAUCGAUUGCCGGUUCUUGUUUAGUUGCUGUAACUCCAUUAAUUGCUGCAACUGAUCCGGCAGAAUGUUUGACAGCGCUGGAUGUCGUCGAGGAUGGUAUUACGGUACUUGCAAAAGUGGAAGAAGCGUAUAAACGCGAGACUGAGACGAAGGAGACAAUCGAGCAAUUCAUACAGUCACAAUCAUUCUACAAUCUGAUGGACACUCUCGGUGCUUCCGAGGAUGACACUGUCGAGAACCGACUGCUCCCUGCUAUGAACAAAAUCUGGCCGUUCUUCAUCGCCUGUUUCCGGAACAAGAAUCUAGUCGCCGUUCGAAGCUGCUGCCGCACGAUCAGCAAUGUAGUGCCAAUCUGCGGCGGCGAUUUCUUCACACGGCGCUUCCAUUCCGACGGUGUCCAUAUCUGGAAGCUUCUAACCACAUCCCCAUUUCACAAGAAACCAUUCUCCAAAGAAGACAGGGCACCUUUACAGCUUCCUUACAGGCGCGGCCCCGAUGAUUCGGCACCGGCCGAGACGUCCAACCUCAAAGUCCAGGCGGCAAUCCUCGACAUGAUCGCGGAGUUAUCGGGGAACAAAAGAAGUGCUCCAGCGUUGGAAGCAGUCCUCAAAAGGGUCACCGGCAUCGUAGUUGGAAUAGCGUGCAGCGGCGUAAAGGGCCUUCGAGAUUCUUGCGUAAAUGCUCUGGUGGGACUAGCCUCUAUCGACCCGGAUCUCGUCUGGCUACUUCUGGCCGAUGUGUACUACUCUCUGAAGGAAGAUCGGCCUCGCCGGCCGGGAGACGACUUCCCGGAAAUCGAAGAGGUUCUGCCGGCCGGGAAGGUUUAUCUGCAUGAGGUGUAUGGAGGGCAGAGCUAUGGUUUUGAUGUGGAUUUUGGUUGUGUUGAGUUUGUGUUUGAGAAGAUGAAUGCCGAAGCUGAAAGGGUAUUAUGAGUAAAUGAGGUAUUACAUUACAUUACAUUACAUUAUUUGUUGUGUAAAUAUAGGGUGUUGUUUUUAAUGGUUUGUAUUUAUAUUUAGAGAUUGAAAAUACCUAAAAUUUAAAUUAAAAUAGUACUGUGUAAUUGAUGCUA